AUGCAUAUCCCAUGCCAUGCUGCCGGCCCUGAGGCGAAGGACAAUACGUCCAAGUACAUCGAAAUUCACACAGACCUGCUCAUCCCGGGCUGCGGCGAACCAAUCGAGCAAGGCGUCAUCGUGAUAGAGGAAGGCAAAAUCCACUGGGUUGGCGUCUACGGCGACUUUCCCCGGGGACGCGGAUAUGACACUAUUGAGGGCUCGCUUGGCCCACUCCAUAUAGCCAUUCAUCCGUCCUAUCUGGUGCUGCCCUUGCGGGUGCUAUCACGGUUACGGACCUUCGCAGGACGGUUGAGAGCUGGCUUCACCAGCGUGAUAAAACCCCUCCGUUAUGCUGGCUACCUUCAACCCGGUAUUCGAAAUGGCUACAUCGUUAGGCCGAACGUGUACUCUUCGUUAAGUGCCUUGUCUAUUACCGGCGACCAAGGAGAUACACACGACCUGCCGCUUAGCGCUGUCCAGGACUUUGGGCAUGGUGAUGGCAGCCAUUAUCUUUGCGAUGGCGUCGACGAGUGCGUCGAAGCGGUGCGGUCCAUGGUCCGCAGGGGAGCCAAGUGCAUCAAGCUGUGCUCUUCUGGAGGUAUUAUCAGCCUCAACGACGACCCGGAAGACAGGCAUUUCCCAAACGAGGAGCUGGAAAUAAUCGCGGACGAAGCUGCGCGCAGUCGGCGCUCUGUUGCGGCGCGUGCGAUCGGCAAGGUUGGCAUCAUGGCGGCUCUCAAAGCUGGCGUCGGAAGCAUCGAGCAUGGCUGUUAUCUCGACGAGGAGGUGGUCGACUUGAUCGAAGAGAAGGGUGCCGUCUUGGUAGCAACGCGUCGUAUCCAGGAGAGUCUAUUGCUCGACCACGACGACUUCCCACCGCCGAUCGUGGGGAAGGUCGAGAAACUGGUGCCCCUUAGGCGAUCCAACUAG